CUAGAAAACUCUCUAAAUUCAGCUCUAAUCCUCAGAAAUAUAUCUCAAGACAUUGAAUCGGCACAAAUUUUAUCCAAAAACACCUCUCUAAUCAACGGUUGCUUGAAUCUAUUGAACAACAAAAUCCUAUUAAAUAGCCUAUCCAUCAACAACGUCUUCAACUCGAUCUUCGAACUAUUCGUCUAUACCCUCGACAUCAUAGAAUCAAUCUCUUCUUUUCUCUGUCCUGCUCCUCAUAAUGACCCUCUUUUCCUAAAACUACUAAGCUUACUUUCCUCAACCAACGACACCUACUUUAUCAUAAUAAUUCUAAGAUCUCUUUCAAGGUUAAUGGUUAGAUCAAACAACUCAAAACUAUUUGCCGCCGAUAACAUUACCUCUGCAAUUCUAGAUCAAAUCAUAUCUUAUCUUCUAAUCAACACAGACCACAACUUGAUUUUAACAUGUCUAGACUUCUUGUACCAAUACAUUUUGCCUGGCGGAAUAAGAAUCAACAACCUCCUAAAAUCAAAUUUUAGAUUCGUCACCUUAUCCAAAAUCUUACCAAUGCUAUUGAACUAUUACCCAAAAAACAAUAAAAUCUUUACCAACACCUUCAACUCUCUAAAACCUUUUCAAUCAACCUCUUUAAAAUUAGUGCAAAGAGUCAAUGAAUCUGUCCCCGAAGUCGCUCAAGAAUUACCUCUAGACUUGAGUGCUAAAAUCAAUCAACUAAAUGAACCAGAAAGAGCUUCUCAAUGGUUAAAAUGCUGCUUUUCAGCCAAUCCUGAUGGCGAAGUCACCCAAAUCUCCCUUUGGAAAUCUUACGAAAAGGAAUUUUUCCCAGUCUUUCAAGAAACUUCAAAAAAAUUACUACAAGCUGUAGAUUUCAUUAAGAAUGUAGCAAAUGCUUUUCCAAACAGUGCUGCAAUGGUCAUCCCCACAGAAAAAUCAAAAAGAUUCAUCAUCAAAGGCAUCCAACCAAGA